AUGUUUUAUCUCGUUUUAAAUCUAACCAAUAUGCUGUGUUCAUCAGCACGUUUGCGUCAAAACUUUUAUUUAAUAAUUGGUGUCACAAUUGGGCUACUUUUUAGUCUUAUUGUUGGCCCAUUAUUAGAAACUGGUUGCCUAUUUUCUAUAUCAACUAUUGACAGUGAUUCAAACUCAAUUAUUUUCAAUGAUGAAUACGAACCUCAUAUAAAUUUGGCCGGCAAACCACAGCGAGCACAAAAAAUUCCACAAACUUUGUUACGUCCGAGAUAUUACUCAACAGAGCUUGGAAUUCGAGAGAAACUAUUUGUUGGAAUUUUGGCCAAUCAAGCAUCUGUAGAUGGUCUGGCAGUUGCUGUCAACAAGACUGUUACACAUUGGGUGGACAAGACAAUUUUUUUCGUUGAUGCGGCAGGUGGACAUAAGCUAAAUGUAACGCUAAUGAAAAUACCCGGUAUAGUUGGUUUCACUGACAGUAGAAAUGUAUUGAAACCAUUUCAUAUGGUAAAAUAUAUUGCUGACAACUACUUGGACGAAUAUGAGUUUUUCAUGUUGAUAAAGGAUAGUACAUACUUGAAUGCAAACAAGCUCAUGAACUUGGUUAAAAGAGUUAGUGUUAGUGAAGAUGUGUAUGCUAGUGGAACUGUAAUUGGUACCAACUAUUGUUCAUUAGACGCCGGAAUACUUUUAAGCAACUCAGUUAUUCGUAAAAUGAUUCCAAAUGUUGAUUGGUGUGUACGCAAUGCUUUCUCUACUUCAGAUGAUGAUAAUUUUGGUCGAUGUGUAUUACAUUCAGUUAAUCUUCCAUGUCAGACAUCUAUUCAAGGGCAAUCUAUAAGCAGCUAUCAUCUGUGGGAAGCCAAAGAUCUUAUUAAUUUACUCAACCAACCACAACAACUAGAAAGUUUUAAUCGUGCUUUGACUGUUUAUCCAAUGCCAAAUGCUGAAACAAUGUAUAAGACUCAUUUAGCAUUUUGUAAAAUGAAUUUAGAAAAAUCGAACAUGGAAAUUGAUGCAUUGAGACGUUCUAUUGUGGCUGAGUCAAGUUUAGAGCCACCGAGUUUUAGAAAGGUAUCUUGGCCAGUUGGAAGUCAGUCUGGAAGUACUCCAUCUACUCGUUUUGAUGUAUUGAAAUGGGAACAUUUUACUGAAACACAUUUAUAUUUGGACUCUAGAAUAAGCAAUAUAAGACCAUUAAAUGAAGCUGAAAAUGCUGAUAUACAUAACGUAUUAAAUACUAGCAUUGAAUAUUUGGAAUCAAAAUAUUCAAACAAUUUGAAAUUUGAUCGUUUGGUUAAUGGUUACAAACGAUUUGAUCCUUCAAGAGGAUUAGAUUAUAUUUUAGAUUUGACUUUCAAAGAUAUUGUUGGAAAUAGAUUAAUACAAAAACGAGUGGAAGUCAGUAAGUUGCUUGGUAAAGUUGAAAUGUUAUCAGUUCCUUAUGUAACUGAAAAUACUCGUGUGCAUAUUCUUUUACCUGUGCGUACAAAUGAAAGAGAGGACGCCUUUCGCUUUCUACGACAAUAUAAACAAGUUUGUAUUGAUAAAAAGGAAAAGACAAUGCUCAUGUUGGUUUUGUUGUAUGAUGCAAAUGCCCCAGGCAAAGGUGCAGUUGAUGAUGUGUUUAAACAGUUGAAAGAUGAGGCAACAUCAUUGAGUAAUGCACAUAAAAAAGAUGGCACUAAAGUUGCAUGGUUAUCAGUCAGAAUACCAAAUACAAAAUUGUUAGCUCUAAGAGAUGCAUUAUUGGAUUUCGCGAUCGUCGAUUUAGCAAUCAGAAAGUUUCCUCCGGAUGCUCUAAUGAUGUUAGCUAGACCGAAAAUGGAAAUUCGUCAAGACUAUUUAAAUAGAGUAAGAAUGAAUACUAUAAUGGAGUGGCAGAUAUUUAGUGCUUUGCCAUUUUCUGAAUAUGAUCCUAAUCUCAUGACAUAUCCAAGACAAGCAACUCUAGAUGUAAACAAGUAUUAUGGCCAUUUUGAUCCGUUCGACUAUGAUCAUUUAUCAUUUUACGCAAAAGACUAUGUUGUCACCAGGAAACGUACAGAAUCAUUAAUUCCUAUAAUUCGAGCUGACCGCGAUAUACAUCAUUUGGUCACAGAAUCAACCAGUCAUUCUUUGAAAGUAGUCAAUAUGACUAACCCUUCCGUUUAUUCUAUGUUUGUGGCGUAUAGUGAGUGUCAUAUAUUCAGAGCAGUAGAAUCUGGUUUACGUUUGCGUCAUAAACAGAGACAUUGUGAAUUAUAUGAAGGGAACAUUGUAGAUCAUACAAGCGCUGCGUUGUAUGGCAACUGUGUAAGAUCUAGAAAUCGAAAUGCUGGUUCCAAAGGACAAUUGGCUAGACUGGUAUUGGAGUAUCAGAACCAAUUAAAGUGA